AUGCACCAAGCGCUCCCCCGUCCCGGCGGCUCCGAAAACUCGUUUGUGCCGCGCAACGGCCGGUCCGGCGGCCUGCUGGGCCAGAUCAGAGCCACCGCCCAGCGGAUAGCUGGACCGUCAUUCAACCACCGAGGAUCGUCCAACCUCAGAGCCCUGGUGGUCGGCCUGGCCAUCUUGCUGUCAAUUUACACGUUUGUGUCGAUGCUCACGACCCCGGCCGGAUAUACGUACAAGACUGGCAUCCCCGUGCUCGGCGGAGGCCCCGACUCCAUCAAGGUGGCCUACUCCAAACAGCCCUACAUCUACCCCACCAUCGCCAACGAGGACCUCAAGCUCAAGGACGGCGCCGAUAAAGACCGGCAGACGGUGACCCAGUACACACAGGUCAUCUACCGAGACGGCGGCAAGUCCAAGCCUGUGACCCAGGCCAACAUUGUCAACGGCCAUGCUCCAUUCACCAAGUCUACUCCUGGCAAGCCCCGAACUGUCAUUGUCAUGAGUCUGGACGGCACCGAUGCUGCGCGAGCCGACUCAGAGCUGUCGCUGACGAUUCUGCAGAACCGACUCAACUAUGCCAAGAAACAUGGCUUCGGGCUGUACGCUCGGUUCUAUCAGGACUUCCUCAACCCUCUCAGCGGCCACGGAAUCACGCCCGAAAACUACGAAAACUGGGCCAAGUUUGAAAUCAUCCGAGCAGCAAUGCAGGCCUUCCCCGACGCGGACCGAAUCUGGUGGCUGGACUCAAACGCCCUCAUUGCCAACGACAAGUUCAAUGUGGAGACUGAUCUGUGCGACCCCGUCAAGCUGGAGAAGAUCAUGCUGCGAGACGUACCCGUGAUCCCUCCCAACGGCAUCAUCCACUCGUAUAAGCGGGUGCCUGCCAAGGACAUUCAGCUGCUGCUUACCCAGGACGAUGCAGGCCUCACCUCCGCCUCCAUGAUCAUCUCCAACGACCAGUACGGUCAGGCCAUCACCGACUACUGGCGAGACCCUCUGCAGUACAAGUACGAGGACUUCCGGAAACAGCAGCCGGGCAACCCUGAAAACGCCGCCCUUACACACAUGGCCCAGUGGCAUCCCACAGUGCUGUCCAAGACAGCCAUCGUCCCCGCGCGAAUCCUGGCUGCCCGUGCCUUUGACGGCGAGGUUCUCAAGGACGUGCAGUACUCCCCCGGCGACUUUGUGCGCCUGGUGCCCUGUCACUCGGCUUACCAGUGCCCCACCCAGUGGCUGGAGGCCGUGCAUGAGUCCCAGUCCCAGGCUGCUUCGGCUUAG